UCCGAUUUAAUCUCACUUGUUGGAGUGAAUUCGACCAAUUCCCUUCGGGUGUUCUGCCAGUUGUUAAUCGAAAGUGAGAGUGUUCACAUCUUCACUCGUCUUGUGUUGUUUAUUUGUUUUUGUUAUCUCAAAGAAGUUCGGUCAGUAAUCGAUAUCAUGUUCCGGAUAUUAUCAAGAGUAUCUUUUCGGGGGAACCUGGCCACCAGUCAACAACGAUCGAUAUCGACGGGAUCGAUUCGAUUGGCCGCCGCCGCUUCAAAUCAGGAACCUAGCAAGACAGCCCUAUACGAGUUCCACAAAUCGCACGGUGGAAAGUUGGUCGAUUUUGCCGGUUACUGGUUGCCAGUUCAGUACAGCGACCUGAGCAUCAUUAAGUCUCAUCUCUACACCCGAGAGUACGGAUCGAUCUUCGACGUGUCGCACAUGCUGCAGACGUAUUUGCGAGGCAGGGAUGUAAUCAGUUGCUUUGAAUCGAUUUGUACGGCUGACAUCAAGAGCCUGAAGGAUGGAACCGGAUCGUUGACGGUAUUUACCAAUAGCCAGGGAGGUAUUCUGGAUGAUUUGAUUGUGAAUCGGGUUUCGGCGGAUACUUUGUACGUGGUUUCGAAUGCUUCCCGAAAGGAUGUGGAUAUGGCUAACAUGUCAGCGGCCGUUGCCGCCUUCCGUGCCCAAGGAAAGGAUGUCUCGGUAGAAUUCCUGCCAAGUGAUGAACAGUCGUUGUUGGCCAUUCAGGGACCCCAAGCUGUAUCAGUUCUGAAAAAACUUUGCACUAAAAACCUCGAUCAGCUGUACUUCAUGAACACAACAACCGAUACGAUUGCCGGAGUUGAGGGAUGCCGCAUAACUCGAUGCGGAUACACCGGAGAAGAUGGAGUAGAGGUGUCCAUUCCAUCUGCCAAGGUUUCAGAAGUUGCUUCCGCUUUGCUGGAUCCUAAAAUAGGGAACCUAAAGCUAGCUGGCUUGGGAGCUCGAGAUUCGCUGCGAAUGGAAGCCGGUCUGUGUUUGUAUGGGAAUGAUAUUGAUGAGUCUACAACUCCAGUGGAAGCUGCUUUACUUUGGUUGGUGGCAAAACAACGACGGGCAGAGAAUAACUUCCCGGGAUCGGAUGUGAUUCUGAAGCAGAUCAAAAACGGUGUUACGAGAAGGAGAGUCGGAUUCAAGAUGGUAGCUGGAUCUGCUCCUGCCCGGCAUCAUGUAGAGAUCUACGACAACGAGCAACAUAAAAUCGGUGAAGUAACCAGUGGUUGCCCGAGUCCAUGUUUGCAACAGAACAUCGCCAUGGGCUACAUCCGGGAAGUUUCAAAAAAGAUCGGAACGGAAGUUUCAUUUAAGGUUCGAGACAAGUUCUAUCACAGUCAUGUGGCGAAAAUGCCCUUCGUUCAGACACAUUAUUAUCAACCGCCGAAAUAAAUGUUGAAACCUUUUA